CACAAGUAUGCCAUGGGCCGAUUGUACUCGGAGGCGCUUCCUCGGUUGCAAAAUCUCUUUCCUGUCAAUCAUCAAUUCAAGUGGCAGUACUGGUCACCGCCAGUCGAUAUGGUCGAGUCGACGAACGGUCCGGCCCGUCUCAUGCGACUCAUCAACGUGGCGAGAUCCAUGAAAACCCCCGAGUUGACGGCCAUGCUCCCGUUGCUUUUCUAUCUAGGUGCCCAACUCUCAGUCGACGAGCUGCUCGAUGGUGCCCCUCGGGUAGAUGGCACGAUUGAACGACUGCAGCCUCAUGACGCCAGGAUCUGUAUCAACGGCAGAGCGUCUCUUGUGUCCGCGAACUCGUUUGCUACACGUUGUUUUCGUCCCAGAACACAGAGCUUGAUCCCUGGAUGUAGUACUCAGUAUGAGUGCUACACAGCGCUGGCUACGAUGGUUUCAGAUGCGUUGAAGGAGGAUUUCUUUGCGAGUUCAGAUCCACUUCGAGAUUUGACGGUCUGGUUCGAGAAAAGGAAUCUUCGAUGGCAUUUAUGCAAACCGUGUGCGGAGCAUAUAUUGAAGAACCACAGGGACGCACGAACGGCGAUCUGGGUUGGUUUGCCUACUAUACUCUGCCUCGACAACGAGCCGAAUAGUGGCGUAUAGUAUCAUCUAAUGGUCGACGUCCCGCCGUAAUGAAUCACCGCUUUACGUGCACUGCAACGCAAUCACCGACCCCUCGAAUUUCGCACACCAGAAUCUUAUGCAUCUGUCGGACUUCGGAC